AAUCAGGAAAUGUUUAGAUUCACAGUUUUGCAGUUGCUUGAAUUGUAGGUCAUAGAUUAGCCCAGUGUUGGAAGACAUCUUCAGUUUUCCUGUUCUAUAGAAAUGUGAGUUAUCAGCACUGAAGAAGAGUCGUUUGUCUCCCUGUUGGACAACUGUGUACCAGCCCAGCAAACAAAAACAAACCCAUACUGAAACCUUGAUAACAUCUGUAAGGAAUUUUCACCUCUUCUAAUUAUCACAGCAUCUUGGCUCUCCUCCUAGUGCUGUGAAUGGGAGCUGAAGUGGUCCCUUGUGUUCUCUACUCGCAUUUUAAGUACUAUAUAGUAUAGUUGGUGAUGGUGUCAUUUGAUGGCUUGCUGACAAAAAAAAAACCUGAAUGAAAUGUAGCUAAAUAUCUGCCUUUACCACUGUGGGGAUACUAAUCCAAGCAGAAGUAAAAUAGCAAAGUGUGAGGCCUUUGUGGGGUCUCUUGUCGAGCCAUUUUGCUUAUUUACUCAAUCUGCUAGGAAAUGACAAAAAUAAGUAGUUUUGAUAUUAAAACCAUACACAAACACUGCUAAUGGAUUAUCUGUUCACUUUAAAGCCUUCUUACACACAUGUUAUAAAGAGCUUUCAGUUCCUCUUGAGAGAGAAAUUAAAGAGAAAUUCUAUAAACAUGAGAUCCGUGUGCUGAGAUUUCAUUGGAAGAGGAGAGAACUUCAGGAGGAGGCAGGUGAGCCUGAUUUUAAGUGCAAUUGGGCACUCACAAUUUAAAAUACAGGCUUUAUAUACUGCCUGCAAUACACUGUUUAGAAUAACUAUGAUUCCUACAUGUUAACCUACUGUGUGAAGCUACUUCAUUUUUUCCUGUCCUUUGUAGUUGUACUAUACUAGAUUAAAUGUAAAUAAAUCACAUGGUUCUGCAAUUUUUCAAAUAUAGAUAAAACCUAAUAUGACAGUAGUUCACUUUCAAUGCAGUGGUAUAUAGAAAGUCAAACUGCUUUUUCAAUCCAGUGUCUGUUUACCAUUCUAUUUAGUACCAUAUGAAAGCUUUACAGCAGUUGCUAGCUGUUUUUCAGUGGUAUUAUGUUUGCUUUUUGCCUGUACAUUGACCUCAAGUCUGAAUUCACUAAGUAGUUCUUGUGUUCUAAAUAUCAGUGCCUAUGCUUUUAUUAAUUUUCUUAAAUUCUGUUGUAGUGAGUGACGCUAAUGACAGGAAGUGAUUAAUGCAUGGAACCUUGCUGAGAAUGUGUCACAUUAUCAUGUUUGUGUGGAGUUUGUGACAUGCUGCAUUACUGGCUUUCAUACAUUCUUUGCCGCUUUCUAACUGUUGGAACAAGUUUGGGUUUUGGUCUGCUACUUCAGUUUAAGCUUUUUAUUAAAAAGCUCCAGACAAGCCAACUGUCAGCAACUGUUAAUAAGCUAAUUGCUUCCAUUAAACCAUUUCCUUUACGACUGAAAUAUUUUUUAAGGCAUGAUAGACUUAAAAAAAGGUACAAUUUCUCAAAUCUUUGGUGGGAGAAUCAAUACUGUGCUACGUGGCACUGAGAAUAAAGGGGGGUACUUGUGCAGACCACUCAGGUAGCAAGAGGUUAGUCCUGGUGGUCACUCUGUGCUCUGAGGCCUCCUAAUACAGACUGAGUGUGGAGUCUCCGUGCAGUCCUCCCUGAAACUUCUCCAGAUGGCUACAGUCAGUGACAAAUUCGGCUUUGAUUCAGGCUUGUAAGAUGGAAACUUCAUUCUACUUAAAAAUAUUUUGGGGUAUGCUGGAACUCUGGAAGGCUUUAAAACAGCCAAAGCUCUAGAUCAAGGUUUCUGGGACUCGAAAGUCUGAACUGGAGGUUUUGAGGCUGUGGCUGAAUCACAGAGCACUGCUGCCUCCUACCCAGGGCUUCCCUGCGUGGUGCUGCCUUGCAGCCCUUCCGUUUUACCAGCAUUCGAACAACCUGCCGGCGGGGUUUAGGCCCGGGCUGCUGGGCAGGCAGAGGCCACACCUCCGCUGCUCGGCUGGAGCAGAGCCCGGCGCUGCGCGAACCCCGCAGGAGCCUGUGCCGCGCAGCCCUGCGCAGAGGGGCGGCCGGGGCUGCUGUCCGUGUGUCCCCGUCAGGUUUUGUGCAGAGGUGUCGAGACCUUUUUCCCAUGUUCCAUGAGUUGCUGCGGGGCCCGUUUCCACCUAGAGCGCUGCCUUUUCUGGCAGCUGUGCUUUUCCAGCGGAAGGAGAGGAAAGAGACUGGGUUUUACCACUGUCGGUGGGAGAAGCACCCUUACUACAACCUAACAGUAAAAGUCCUCCGAGCCAGAAACAUCAAGGGUGCAGAUCUGUUGUCCAAGGCAGACUGCUAUGUGGAGCUAAAGCUGCCCACUGCAUCUCCCAUAGUCUCCCGAACUCAGGUUGUCGACAACUCUGAUAACCCAGAAUGGAAUGAAACUUUCCAGUAUCGGAUCCAUAGUGCUGUCAAGAACAUUCUGGAAUUGGCACUCUAUGAUAAGGAUGUCCUGGUCAGCGAUGAGCUCACGUCUAUCGUCUUCGAUGUCGGAGGCAUGAAGCCGGGUCAGCCCCUGCUGCGCACUUUCAGAUUGAACCCGGAGGCUAAUGAAGAGCUGGAUGUAGAGUUUUACUUGGAGAAAUGCUCAAGUGCCCCUACAGAGGUACUGACCAAUGGAGUCCUUGUGGUUCAUCCUUGCUUGUCUCUGCAAGGCACGGUCAACAAAGAGGAAAAUACAGAAGAGAAACAGCAAGGGAGCUUUGAGGUCAAGCUGUCUGUUCCAGGGGCAUAUCAGAAGCAGUUGUGUAUUCCUUGGAGAUCAGAUAAUGAGAAGGAUUAUGGAACCUCAUUUGUCUUUCAUAUGGAUAAAGAAAUGUGUCCAGAACUGCAAGUGGAGCUGGAACAAACUAUAUCUGUCCUACAGGAUGGUGUGAACCCUGAUAUUGAAAAGCAUACUACAGUUCUGGGACUGAGGACUAUACCAGUUAAUUCCCUUCCUAUUGGACAAAGAGUCGAUAGAAUUGUUUCUCUAGGAGAGGGACAAAGUUUGGAUAUGAGUUUGAAAACUGAAGAGCGCUCUUGGGAUCUUGAUAUACGUCUGGGCUUUGACCUCUGUAAAGAAGAAAGAGAAUUUUUGGACAAAAGGAAGAAAAUAGUUUCUGAGGCCCUGAGGAAGGCUCUUCACUUAAAACAGUCCCCUCCAAAAGACGAGGUUCCAGUCGUAGCGGUGCUGGGGUCUGGAGGUGGGAUGAGAGCACUGACAUCUUUCUAUGGCAGUCUUGCUGGGCUUCAGCAGCUGGGCCUUUUGGAUGCUGCAAUGUAUCUGUGUGGGAUUUCUGGCUCUACUUGGUGUUUAUCAACAUUGUAUCAAGACCUCGACUGGUCACAGAAGGACCUUCAAGAUGCAAUCAGAAAAGCUCAGGAUAUUGUGUCCAGCAGCAAAGCAGGGGCAUUUUCCCCAGAACGACUGAAAUACUAUUUCCAGGAGCUGAAUGCGAUGGAGAUUAGUGGACGGAAAGUUUCCUUUACAGAUUUGUGGGGCCUUAUUGUGGAAUACUUCCUACAAAAGAAGGAAGAUCCAUCAAAGCUGUCUGAUCAGCAAGAAGCAGUGAAAUGGGCCCAGAACCCCUAUCCGAUCUAUGCAGCUGUCAAUGUGAGACCAAAUAUUAGCAGUGGUGACUUUGCAGAGUGGUGUGAGUUCACUCCUUAUGAAGUUGGGUUUCGCAAAUACGGAGCUUUUGUCCGAACAGAAGACUUUGACAGCGAGUUCUUCAUGGGACGACUGGUCCAGAAACGUCCUGAGCCUAGGAUUUGUUUUCUACAAGGAAUGUGGGGCAGUGCCUUUGCUGCAAGCUUGGAUGAUAUCUGCCUGAAGGUAGUUGGUAUAGGACUGGGCUUUCUAGACUCUUUCAAAGAUGUUAUCAAAGUUGUAGAUGACGGCCGAAGAUUCCAUUUCCGAGAUCCAACACGACUCAAGACACGCUUGGUUAUACCUGGGGGGCCCUUGUUACAAAUAUUUCAGGAUUUCUUCAAGUCCCGGGUCACGUGCGGAGAAACCUUCAACUUCAUGCAUGGAUUGUAUCUUCAUAAAGACUAUGUUAACAUCAAGAAAUUUGUGGCUUGGAGAGGCACUCAUCUGGAUGCAUUUCCCAACCAGCUGACCCCCAUGGAAGAGAGCUUGUAUUUAGUGGAUGGUGGCUUUUCUAUCAACUCUGCCUUUCCUUUGGUACUUCAGCCAGAGAGAGAUGUGGAUGUUAUCUUGUCAUUCAAUUAUUCCUGGGAAGAACCCUUUGAGGUUUUAGAACUGACUCAGAAAUACUGUGAGGAGCGGGAGAUUCCUUUCCCAAAAAUCAAACUGAGUGAGGAAGAUGAAAAGAAGCCAAAAGAGUGUUACAUGUUUGUGGAUUAUGAUAAUCCAAAGGCUCCAAUUGUGCUCCAUUUCCCUUUGGUGAAUGACACCUUCCAGAAAUACAAAGCUCCAGGAAUUAAACGUGAGUCAGAAGAAGAGAAAUCCUUUGGUGACUUUGUCAUUGAGGCAAAAGAUUCUCCUUACCGUACAGUAAAUUUCACCUUUGAGCCAUAUGAUUUCAGCAGGCUAGUGGAGGUGAAUCGCUACAAUGUUCUGAAUAGCAAGGACACUCUCUUCAAAGCCCUAAACUUGGCUCUGCAAAGGAGAAAGCUGAAAAAAGUCAUCAAUACAUCUGAUACAUGAGCAGCUGCCAUAGCUGAGGAUACAGACAGGCUGCAGCAUAUGAAAGCCACGUGGUUCAAGAGAAAAUACUGAAAAGUAUAGCUGGCAGCUGCCUUCUUGUAAAGGGAGGAGCACACGUGACACUGAAAAUUCAUUCCAGUUAACAGAUGCUUUUGCAAAAAUCCAAGGGAUGUACAGCACAACAUGGAUGUUGCUUUGUCCUGUGGGGAAGAGUAGGGAAUUAUCUAGCCUAGUAUUUUAUCUUACAGUGGCUGAUUCCAAAUCACUAGGAAGGUCUGUUGAAACAGUUCAAGCAUGUGGAGAAUGAUCUUCUGAGCUCCACUGAAGAAUCAUCUCUCUUUGUCGAAGGUGCAGCAGUGUUUGAGGAAAUGCCAAUUUCUGGUGUACCUUCAUGUCUCUUGCUUUUUGAACCUCCCUCCAUGAACUUUUAAAAUUUACAUAAUCUGGCAGGGAACUUCAGAGACAUUAUGCACUGAGAGAGGAAAUGUGGCCUUUUGCUUUCAACUUGAUACUGGCUGAUGCCCUUGUACUUUCAAGAAUGGACAGUCAUUAUCUGCUUUCCAUUUUUGCCCUUCAUUGUUUCAAAGAUCUCUGUGAUAUUUCCUUCCUAUGCUUUUGAAGGAUCAUAGCGGCUUUUAGUCUCACAGAAGUUCAACAUAGAGUACGUUGCUUUGGUAACCAUUUGUUUUUGAGGAAGUAAUAGUUCCUUUUUUUGAUAUUUAAUAAAGACACAUCAUGGGAAUGUGUUGCUUCUUCCUACAGUUUGAUUGUGAUGACCUGAUGAAAGUUUAACGAUGCCUUAAGUCUCACCUUUCACUUUUUGUGUAAGAGGACAGGAGGCUCCUUUGAAGAGUCUGAAUUGGAUGUUAUUUCCUUAUAGCUGGGUUUGCAAUUCAGUCAGACUUUUGUUUAAGGAAUUUCUUGAACAAAAAUUGAAAAGUAUAUUUUUUAGAAAAAACAUCAGUAUCCAAGGUAGGCCCACCUUAUGAAUGUGAAUGAAUAAGAGUUUCAGAUGCGGCUAAGCUGUGGGAUGGAAUUCACCUCACUUUGCAGAAAGCUCAGAGAAAAGUACAGAAUUAUGCAGUUGGAAGAUACCUACUACAAAGGGGUGGCAAACACUCUUUACUUCUGUGACUUCUACAUUGAGCUGAAUGUACUGAUUCUGUAUUUGAAAACUGAGAUAGGAGGAAAUUUGUCUUUUCUGAAAUGAUGUAAAGGCCUAUGAAUGGGGUAUGAUUCUUGAUAUAAUUCUAAAUAUGUUUCUCUUUUAAAUAAAUAUUAGUUUUGCUAAAGGGCUUUUCACAGUUUUUCUUAACAUUUCAUAUAUUUUUCUUCAUUCCAAUAAAAUGUAAGCAAAAAAAGUCAAUGUAA